UUUAUAGGUUAUAUUGUAUCCUCGCUCAAAACAUGUCGGAAGAUCAUAAAAAAUAACUACAUUCAUACAAUCUUAGGUACUGAUGAGAACUAGUGAGCUCGAGACCGAUCUGCGUCUAUAGUCAUUCUACUAUGCUGCAACGAUUUUAGCUGUUUUCUAGAUAUUAAGAGUCGUUUUUUCUUCAACCGCUGGAAGAGGGGAUCUCAAGCUACUGAGAGAGCUGACAACAGCAUUAUGGUUUCUGCAAGUACCGCUAGCGAAGACACAUUAACAAACAGCAGCAGCUCUUGGAUAACGAUGAACACCCUACCCAGUUUUGACAGCGACGAACAUUCUUCUACUCCUACCCGUACCAGUCCCGUUGAAAAUUCAGUAGAAGAUGAAAACAUUUUGCCUGCGGAUCCGCCAAAAUCUCUGAUAAGUGAGGAAGAAGCUGGAGAAACUGAAAUGUUGGAAGUGAAUGUUAUGCCUAACGAAUCAAUGUGCACACAGGAUUCGAUGAUGUUCUUCGAUAUAGUUGAGAAAUCCGCACAGCUGCUGAAAUCUGGCAGUGCCGGUCAGCUUGUAUCGAUACUUGGAAGGACCGUCUCCCUCUUUGAAAACAGAGAUGCUGAGGAAAUAGAUGCACUGUGCGGAAUUAUGGACAUACUCUUGGAAAAUCUGGAAGAAAGCGGUGUAGAAUAUUUACGUUAUUUGAAAACGCACCUAAACGACGUGACACUACCCAAGGCGGUAAGAAAAUUCUACGUUGAGAAAGACAUGAUACAAUGCCAUUACGUUCUGCUAGGAAAUGGCGGGUUCGGUGAAGUGACGAAAGGACACCUAAGUAAACCGGGGGCACCGAUCGUAAGUGUCGCAGUAAAACAAGCAAAAAGCGAGCGAUUUAACGGUAUGUUCCUGGAAGAGGCUAGCGUAAUGGCUCAGCUUGAUCACGACGUUAUUUUGAAACUUCUGGCAGUCACCCACGACAGGGGGAUAGUGCAGCUCGCCGUAGAGUUCAUGGAGAGCGGGGAUCUAGUGGACGCUAUAAUUAUGGAACGCAUCCGUCUGAGUACCUCCGACUUGCUCGUGAUAAUACACGACGUGGCGUCUGGGAUGGAAUACCUAUCCAAUAAACAGUACAUACAUAGAGACCUUAAAUGUGCGAACGUGUUUAUUAACUCUAAGAAGGAAUGUAAAAUUGGCGACUUUGGACUGUGCAAGUACGUGGGAGACACUGGGGGAGUCUACCAAGACACGAAACUGAGAUUAAACAGCACACAUGUCGCCCCUGAAGCGAAAGCCACGAAUCAAUUUACCACCAAAAGUGACGUGUGGGCUAUGGGCAUACUGGUUUGGGAGUUGUAUUCGGUAAGAAAAGCGUAUUCGAAUACCAGGAACAUUUUGAAAUGCUUGUAUGCGACAGAACAGAUGUGGAGGGUGUUCCUUUUUCGCGGCCAUUUGCUGCAGGUGCAAGAUUGUCCUACCGAGUUACACAACUAUUUGGUGAGGGAAGUUUUACAUAACGAUCCGACGCAACGGCCAAGUUUUGAAAAUAUAAAGGAAAAGAUUAUUGAAGUGAUCAAAAAGAAUCAUAACUACGUGGCUUGGCCACAAUUAAAAAUGUAACAAGUUUUUCAGUUGUUGUCUAUAAAUGAAUUUAAGUUUAGUUUGUGUUCACUUUUUGCAAAUAAAUGAAUAUGUGUUCUGAUAUCUUAUUAUUUGACAAAUUUAAGUUUUGCUCUGUAGAAAUAUUGUUUAUUUGUAUUGCCUUAUCGUAGUAUAAUAAUUUUCUCUUGUGAACUAGUGAAUCUCCACAGAAAAGUUUAUAAAGA